GACAGUUUUCCGAUGUCAGGGCAGGCUGGUCAGGCUUUCCAAAAAUGACCUCGCAAGAAGAGCACAAGGCCACAAGACCGAAUUAAAUUUCCCGCGCGCUCUGGGCCGGCAGCGUUUGCGUGAUUUACCCAUUGGAAUAUAUAUGGAAGAGAGCAACACUGGUCGAUAAGAAAAAGAGAGUUCUGAAGUUGUAUUCAUCGUUUGUAAUUUAAGUGCGCACUUGUGGGAAGCCAUCGUCCCGAACACAGCAAAGACGCCAACUCACGACACGAAGUUCGACAAAUGAAAAUUUAUUGCCGGUCGUUUGAAGGUUGCAAAGCAUCUUCCUAGGACACAAGGCCAAUCAUUGACACAUCAUGUCUAUUAUCAUUCGGCUGCAAAAUCUGCCCUGGGCAGCCAACUCUUUGGACAUUCGUCGCUACUUCCAAGGUCUAAACAUACCAGAAGGUGGAGUUCACAUUGUUGGCGGAGAGAAAGGUGAUGCCUUCAUAGCAUUCAGCACAGAUGAGGAUGCUCGACAGGCGAUGGAACGUGAUGGCGGCAAAAUCAAGGAUAUUCGCGUCAAACUGUUGCUGAGUUCCCGAGCUGAAAUGCAGCGUGUGAUCGACCAGGCACGCGCCCAGCAUACCAGUCCCCAGUCAGUUCCGGUGCCAGCUAAACCCAUGCGUGAAGACCGCAGAGGCAGAACACCUCCUGAACGGGAACGACGGGUCACACCUGAUUACAACAGAAGAGACCGUGCCAGAGACCGUUCACCACGAAAUAGUCGUCGACGCCGGGGAGAGCGAUCACACAGCCGCUCACCAUCUUACCGCGGCCGUGACAGGGAAAGGAGGGACCGUGGCCGAGAUGAUCGCCGCAAAAGCUUUGACGACCCAGCAUCCAGAAAUCCUGAGUCUCAGGAAGCGAAACCCAGAGGAGGUGCCGGUGGCCCACAUCAAAAUGGGGCAGACGCGGGUUCUUCAUGUGCUUCAGCUUCAGACAAGUCUGCAAGUGAUCUGGCUCAGCAAAAGUCUGCACCACCUAUAUGGGAUGCACAGGGUGCAGGGACAAUGGACAUAAAAAUGUGGGCUGGAGGAAAUGAAGCUGACAAGGGUCCUGCAUCUGCAGCAUUUGCAGCUACGGUUGGAGGCCCUUCUCCACUAUUCCCCAUUCGACAAGGCAGUCCACGAGAAAAUUGCUCACAAGGGGAUGGUGCCCUGGGAGCUACUGGGAUGAUUGGCAAUUCUGCUGCAAUAGGAGGAUCACUUAUGCCACCAGCUCUACCACCAGGCAUGGCUAUGAUGACUGGAGGGAUGCAACAGAUACCAUUUAAUGGACCCAUCAACAUGGCUGCUGGUAUGACAGGAAUGGCUGGCAAUAUUGCAGGGAAUAUGCCAGCUGGUGUAUUGAGUGGAAUAUUGGCAAAUUCUGCUACUUUGGGAGGCAUAGGAUUUGGACCAGGUGUUAUUGGUGGACUUCAGCAGGCUGUUCUGGAUGGCAUGGGGAGCAGCGGUGUCGUUUUUGACAAAGGUGCAGGAGGUGAUGGGCUCCACAAGUUUUCAGAUGGUGGAGAUCGUUUGUCAGAACGAUCUAGGAUUGGUGAUACAUUUCACCGAUCACAUCAGGACGGACAAAUGUCGGAGACAUGCUGCAUUGAGAUACGUGGUUUAGCACGAGAACCGCGUCCUCGAGAUGUGAAAGACUUCUUUCGAGGUCUCCGUAUACAGGAAAGUGGCAUCAGAGUGCUCAUUAGUGAUGGUGGGCAAAAAUCCCUUGCUGUGGGUUUUCUGAGCAAAUGGGACGCUCGUGAUGCACUGAAAGCCAAUAAUCAAAUGUUCGGCAGCGAUCGCAUCAAUGUACUGCCACUCCCAGAAGAUAUCUUCGAAACUGCAGAAGUUCUCAGGGGCUUUGGUGGCGGUCCUGGUCCUGUGGGGAAUGCACGUUUCAUACCUCGUGAGGAAGACCUUAUUGUUCUCAUGAAAGGAUUGCCAUAUUCCUGCACUGAAGAUGAUGUAGUUCACUUCUUCGGGGGGUUGCGUAUAUUAGACAUCUUUGUUGAGCAUGACCGUAACGGACGGGCAACAGGAAAUGGAUUUGUAGAAUUUGCGCAGAGGAAAGACUUCAACACUGCCAUGGGAAUGCACCGCAACAAGAUUGGUCAUCGUUACAUUGAACUUACUGUUGGAAGUCGCGAGAUGAUGCACGCUGCUCGUAAUGCAGAUGGAGUGCGCCUUGAAGGUCCUCCCCCGAACAGAGAGGAGCGCAAAGAACUGCUCCCUCCUCCCGUCCUUGGUGCUGUCCCUCCGGGUCACACAUGCAUAUCUAUGCUGGGACUACCAGAUACUGUCACGGAUCGAGACAUCGCAGUGUUCUUUAAUUCACAGGGAGUAGUUCCCCGAGCCAUCCACAUUAUGCUGGGAUCAAAUGGCGUGCCUACAGGCCAUGCCUUUGCAGAGUUCUCUUCUCACAAUGACUGUGAAAGAGCUUUCAUGAAUAAUGGGACUACCCUAGGGCCCCAUACGAUCUCCCUGCGAACGAUACCAUAUAGUGAGGUGGCACAAGCACUUGGAGGAGGUGUGCAUCCAAGGCUCAACCCACCAGAGCCAAGAGGUAACUUUUUUGAAAAUGGGCCUAGUCGAGGUCGAUUGGACAAUGGCCCAGAGCGAGGGAGGGGCCCUGACAUGGGAAGAGGGCCCGAGGUACCUCCUAUGAAACGACCUCUGCUAGAUCAUGCUCUCGGAGACAUGGGCGAAGAACCUGGGAGGAGAGGCAGUUCAUUUCCUGAACGAGGUGGGCCUAUGCGAGGUCCAGGUAAUCAAAGGCCAAGAUUUGAAGACGACAGACAGCUUCAGGGACCGGCAAGUGACCAUGGCUGCCCUGAUGGCUUUGGGAGCCCUGGUUGUGUAAUAUCGGCAACAAAUAUUCCAUACAGAGCAGGAGUGGAAGACAUAAUAAACUUUUUUGGUGGCUUUGAUGUGACCAAGGAAAAUGUAAUGCGACGGUUUAACGAUCGGGGCCAGCCAACAGGAGAUGCCCGCAUUGCAUUCACCAGUGCUAGAGAUGCUCAGGCUGCUUUAGCUAAGAUGAACAUGCGCCCACUGCAUGGGAGGAACAUCGCCCUUAGUAUCCUCUGAGGGGAGCCAUCUGUUCAGCACCAACAUGUAACCGUGCAAAUACUUGUACGCGACAAUGUUAAGAAGGGUUCAUUGUAUACAAAACAUUUCAUUUUCAUGCACUGCUGUUUUCUGUUUUAGGUUGUCAUUAUCAUUAAAGUCCCAUUUGAUGAAAAUA